GUUACCUUAUGGUGACUUAUUAGAGUGGCCCCAUCGUUCGCUCUGGGCAAGGGAGGAAACAUUGCAGCGUAUUGGUCCUGUCACAUUGGCGAGUGUCUAGUCGUGCAGCUGGUUGUUACCGUUUACAGUCAUGUCGCCUCCCGCCCCAGCCGGACAGAAACAGGAGGAGGAAAGGCACACAUAUGAGGACUAUAAACAGACAGCAGACUGGCUUCUUUCCAAAACAAAACAUCGUCCCACUGUGGCCAUUGUGUGCGGCUCUGGGCUUGGUGGCCUAGGGAAUCUUCUUACAGAGCCAGACGCUUUCAAUUACAGUGACAUACCCAACUUCCCACAGAGCACAGUUCCUGGCCAUGCAGGGCGACUGAUAUUUGGAAAUCUGAGUGGGAAGCCAUGUGUAUGCAUGCAAGGCCGUUUCCACUUCUAUGAAGGCUACCCACUAUGGAAGGUGACAUUUCCAGUUCGAGUGUUCCGUCUAAUGGGAGUUGAGGUCAUCAUUGUCACUAAUGCUGCUGGAGGUCUGAACCAAGAGUUCAGUGUGGGAGACAUCAUGGUAAUAAAGGAUCACAUUAACAUGCUAGGAUUUGCAGGACAAAAUCCAUUGUUUGGUCACAAUGAUGAAAGGUUUGGCCCUCGUUUCCCCCCUAUGUCUGAUGCAUAUGACAAGGAAAUGAGGAGUCUGUUGCUCGCCACUGGCAAGGAGCUGGGUUUUAAUAACAUGAGAGAAGGAGUGUAUUGUGGUAUUGGGGGACCUAACUUUGAAACAAUUGCCGAAUGUCGAUACCUCAGCAAGAUAGGUGCAGAUGCUGUAGGUAUGAGCACAGUACAUGAGGUGGUUGUUGCGAGACACUGUGGCUUGCGCAGCCUGGGAAUAUCACUAAUUACCAACAAAGCUGUUAUGGACUAUGACAGCAAAGCUACUGCCAACCACGAGGAGGUGCUUCAAGCUGGCAGAGAUAGUGCCAAGUAUAUGGAGAAGCUUGUAAGCACUUUCCUGCAACACCUGAACCUAAAUCAAGUGUGACAGCGAAGGGCACACACUGAGCACAAAGGAAUAAAUCUACUUUCAUUUUAAUCUUUCCCUUUCUCUAAUAUGUCAGACCUGCCACUUUCAGCUCUUAUACUGUAAUGCCAGGAUUUUGGAGGAAGGCUAGAAAAUGUGGUUCUACAACAGCUGAAGGUUGGCAGGAUAGACACCCCUGUUCUACAGAUCUAACAAUAACAGGCUGAUGCCACACUCUAUCUACAUAUGCUAUCUGUACCUUUCUUUUAAUACAGUUGCAUCAGAAUGGUGCACAGGAUCAAUAUCUUGGAUCCAUUUACUGGACAUGGAGCAUCCAUUUAUCAUUCCUUACUAACAAUACUCCCUUUAUUCUUUUAAAACUCCUCAUCACAUUCCUCCAACUCACAUUCAGCUAGCAUAGUUUUGUUUGUGGAAGCAACUAUCAUGCUACAUAUGUGCAGCCUCUCAGUAGGUAUUUAUUCAUACUGUAAAUCAAUCUAAAAUGUACUGUUACAUCUUCUAGUGGGAACAUUUGCUGAAUUGUAAUAGAACAAUAAAAUCUAAAGGUGGCCAUACACUGUAAGAUCAGCUCGGUUGGCGAGGUGACCAAGCAAGCGUAUCUUCUCCCGAUAUGCCCACCAACGGGUUAAUUCGAUUGUUUGGCCCUAGGGCCAAACGAUCAAAUUGAAACGACGGGCAUCAGUUUGGGGACUGCAUCAACAAGCUGAUGCGGUCCCCGAUCUUUCAGAAUAAUCAAACCUGCCCGAUCAAGAUCUGCCAAUUUCAGACAAGAUGUUGGUCGGGUAGGCCCAUCGCUGUUGCCUAUACACGGGCAGAUAAGCUUGGGUGAGAAGAUAAUGAACAGAAGGAAGAGUGGGGGUCAUUUAUAAACUGUACAGUGCAUAUUUAUUCGCAUAUGGUUGUAUAUGCUUAAAUAUUUCACUGCUGUGCCAGUCUUCCAUAAAUUUGCAGUUUGUGCAUAUUGUUUAGUGAAUAUUUUUUCCACCACCAAAAGUUUGGCCUAACUUACCCACAGAGUGUGCACAUAAAUAUUUGCCAUUUGCGAUUAUGCCAUAUUUAAAAAGCUUCUAAUGAUAAUCGCAAAACGAAUAAAAAUUUGCAAUUAUGUAAACCAAUUUUGUCCAGCUAUAUCAAUAUAAACACACACAGGGCAAAUAUGUUCACUGUGCGAAUCAUUGUGUGCUGCGCAAAGUUUAUAAAUGAUCCACACUGACUCUUUUAUUUUACAUUAUUAAACAUUUAUUACUUGACUUGACACAAUGUAAAUGUAUUUUUAUGUUAUCAUUAUAACUGCUGGUGAAGGAAGACUUUUACAUUUAUGGGACAUGGUGCAAACAGCAGAUUCUCACAGGCGCAACUCUCUUUUAAACUGAAGUUAUUUUUAUAAACCUAUGCAUUUUAAUGCGAGCAGCUGAAUAUUGUAUUGUAUUUUUGCCUUCAUGACCAUGUACAAGACGCCAUAAUGUUGGCAAGACUAAAAGCCAACGUUUAUGGCUGCAAUACAAGAUCUAGAAGCAAACUGGUUGCUACAGUCCAGCAUUUGACAACCCAAGGUUAAGAAACUCUCAUAUAAGGUGUAUGGCUCUAGCUGGGUUUUGUCACCUCUGGGCACUAACACCAGUGCUUAUUUUAGCAUAAGACCUUCUGUUCUUCUGAUUCAUGUAAAUAAAAUGUUAGCUUGGGUAAGUUGUGACAAUUUGAUUGCUGCCACAAUUGGUGCCACUUAAACCACAUUUCAUGCCAUAGCCCUUAGGCUUCUCAACCUUGGAUUACAUGGAUUACACUUAACUCAAGAUAAUUUGUUGGAGGAUUCUGGGAGCUGUAGUCCAGCAACAAGUUAAAACCUAAGGUAGGCAACAAAUCAUAGGCAGUUACACCCAAUGGAAUGCCGUGAACGCAAAAUGUAAAAGAGCCAAACAUAAUAUAAAAAAAAUAAUUAUAUGAAACACAUAUCCAUUUGAAACAUGAUUGAUUCAUCCAGUUUGAAAAAAGGUGGUGCUUUACUUGUCCACAAAAAUUGUGUAUUUAAAUUGAAAAAUCCAACAAUAAAAGGUCACAGGGCUGUAAGUCAGUACAAAGUCGUGCCAGCGAGUAAUCCUGUUGUAGUUUACAAAGGUGCACAACACAUUGUUCCAAAAUGUCAGACUAGGGAACAAUAAUCCUGUACAACAUACAAAAUGUGCACCUUUAAUUUUUUCAGGCUGCUAGCCCACUGAUCCACAUUGAGUUCCAGCACCUGCAUGUGUAACAUAGCUUUAUUAUAAGUUAAUAAACUAUUGUAAUCAUUGGUGUGCAGUUUCUUAUUGUAUAUUUAGGUGCCUUUGUGCUCAUGUGACACCAGCUUUAAAGGAAGGGGAUGGUAGAACCAUUGUGUUGUCAGAGAACUUGGACCCACACAGUUGAAACAGUCUGCAGAGCCAGCUGCUAAUGGCAAUAGGAUCAGGAUGUGUGUUAAAUAUGGUUCUACAUGAAACAGGGUCAUUAUGAGAAUUACAGGUAGUUGGUUUCACAUCGAAUUGCUUGUACUCCUGUAUUUACUGAAAGCUAAUAACUGCAAUGCAUUAUUAUGUCAUUAAGGGAAGAGGAAAUCAUGUAAUGUCCAGGAAAGCUGAGUACAAUUCUAUUAUAUUCUCUUAAUGUGUCACAAUAAAUGUAGUCCUCUCUUUUGCAAGAUUUUUUUUUAACCUUCAAUUAAAGAACUUCUUUAAAAAGUG